UGACAUUGUAUUCCACAGAAUCACACUUUCUUACAUUGAGAGCCUAAACAACUAUUUCCUACAAACUUUCUUUGUUAUCAGCAAAUUUCUAGUUCUUUUAAGGCGCUACCUUUGCAAAAUCACUUACUUAUAAUUAAUUAACAUGGAGCGAAGUUUGUUUAGAAUUGCAUUUCUUCUGCUUGCUUUGGCCAGUAUUGUGAACACAGUGCAUGGCCAAGGCUCGCGUGUGGGGUUCUAUCGGCGAACAUGUCCUCGUGCUGAAUCCAUUGUACGGUCCGCAGUUGAAUCCCACGUGAAGUCUGAUCGUACAUUAGCAGCUGGUUUGCUGAGGAUGCACUUCCAUGAUUGCUUCGUGCAAGGUUGUGACGCUUCUGUUCUCAUUGCUGGCGCCGGCACCGAGAGAACCGCACCUCCAAAUCUUGGCUUAAGAGGAUAUGAAGUUAUUGAUGAUGCCAAGGCUAAGGUAGAGGCUGCAUGCCCUGGUGUUGUGUCUUGUGCUGACAUCCUUGCCCUUGCUGCUCGUGAUUCCGUUGUUCUGAGUGGUGGACUGAGUUGGCAAGUGCCAACUGGGCGCAGAGAUGGCCGCGUGUCACAAGCCUCAGAUGUCAAUAACUUACCUGCCCCUUUUGACUCUGUUGAUGUCCAAAAACAGAAAUUCGCAGCAAAGGGUCUCAACACUCAAGACCUCGUCACUCUUGUUGGUGGACAUACCAUUGGUACUACAGCUUGCCAAUUCUUCAGUAACAGAUUGUACAACUUCACUUCAAAUGGUCCUGACUCUUCCAUCGAUGCUUCAUUUCUUCCACAACUUCAAGCACUCUGCCCUCAAAACAGUGGUGUUUCUAAUCGAGUUGCACUUGAUACUACUAGUCAGAACAGAUUUGACACAUCUUACUAUGCCAAUUUGAGGAACGGUCGUGGAAUUUUGCUAUCUGAUCAAGCACUUUGGAAUGAUGCUUCAACAAAAACCUUUGUGCGGAGGUACUUGGGCUUAAGAGGCUUGCUUGGAUUAAAAUUCAAUGUGGAAUUUGGAAAGUCAAUGGUGAAGAUGAGCAACAUUGAGUUGAAGACAGGAAGUGAUGGUGAAAUUCGCAAGAUAUGUUCUGCUUUCAACUAGUUUUAAUAGUGUGCUAGUGUUGGCAUUUGCCUGGGAAGUGUAUAAUAUUUUCCAUUUUGGUUAUUUAAUUUUCCCCUCCUUUUUUUCUGAUUAAAAGAAAUGUUUUUAAGUGUAAAAGUUUUAUUUUGGUAAACAAAGAUUGAAUUGAAACAAGCACAAGUGUAUAAAUUCUAUAAGAAGUGUGAAAUAAUAAAUUUUCUUCCGCAA